GGGGGGGCCUCGUGAUACAACUUUUUGUUUUUAACCCUUUUUUACACACAGCCUCUCUCUCUUACUUACAUCCAGCAAAGAUUUCUUCUCUCUCCCUCUAUAUAUUUCUUGUGCAGAGAGCUCUCUCUCUCUCUCUCUCUCUCUGUUUCUUUCUCUAACAGACAAUUUAAAUCUCCUCUUCUUAUAAAUGCCCACUUCUUUUUUUCUUUUUUUGUCUUGCUUCAUUUAAAGGGUGUGAGGAGUAUCAAAGGAAGAACAUUGGGAGAGAGGGGAGACAAGAGGAAAGGAAGUGUUGGCCGUUUUGGCUGUCUUCCUUGUUGAGUGUUAUUGUUUCUUUCUUCUUUGCUUACAUGGUGCGAGUCAUAGAGAGAAGAAAUAAGAUUAAAAAGACAGGGAAAUAGAUAAUAUUUAUAGACAGAUAGAUUGCAUAAAAAACAAUAGACAAUGUCGGCUUACAGAGACAAAGAUCCCCGUAUUCAUGGCAUCCAAUCCAAGAUUCGUGUUGUCCCCAAUUUCCCCAAACCAGCAGGUAUUAUGUUUCAAGACAUAACUACUCUUUUACUGGAUCCUAAAGCAUUCAAGGACACAGUGGAUUUGUUCGUUGAGAGAUACAAAGGGAAGAACAUUUCAGUUGUUGCAGGUAUAGAAGCUCGGGGUUUUAUCUUCGGUACUCCCAUUGCAUUGGAAAUUGGAGCAAAGUUUGUUCCCUUGAGAAAACCGAACAAGUUGCCUGGUAAAGUUAUUUCAGAAGAGUAUGAACUGGAAUAUGGAAGGGAUUGUCUGGAGAUGCAUCUUGGAGCUGUUGAACCCGGUGAGCGGGCUUUGGUUGUUGAUGACUUGAUAGCAACUGGAGGCACUCUUUGUGCUGCUAUGAAGUUACUGGAACGCGUUGGAGCAGAAGUAGUUGAAUGUGCAUGUGUUAUCGAGUUGCCAGAUUUAAAGGGUCGAGAACGCUUGAAUGGCAAGCCAUUAUAUGUACUUCUGGAGUCCUACUGAGCCUAUCCGACAAACGGUGCACUAGCAUAACAAGAUGUACAUUAGAGCUCCAUGGAUAUCUACUUGCACCUGGAAUCUUUAUUUUUAUUAUUAUUACUAUUAUUUAUUCUCAACUCUCAUUAGUGAAGAUUGAUAAAACCUUGGUGAUGGAGAAAGGGCUUUUGAUUAAACAAAAUGCUAUUUAGGAUUAUUCUCAUUUAUUUCUAUUUUUUUUUUAAUUUAAGAAAUGAAAUUUAUAAACCCUGAAUAUAUUGUUGUCUUGAUAA